GGUGUCUUAUUUACACGGAACAAAGCUGUUUUUGCCCAUUAGUCCUCUUACCGUUUGCAGUUACUUGGCACUCGGUGGCAGUAGCGUUAAGCAGAUUUCAUCGUCAGCCGAAGAUCCACAACGGUUUAGUUUCGUUCUUGAGGUUUGUUAUGUUUUCGAAAGCUGGAGACUUUUUGAGAAGACAUCGGAGAAAGUUUCUCAUUGGCGGAGUUGUCGCCGGUGGGAUAUACGUGACGCACAGGUAUCUCCGUUAUCGUCUUGAGCAAUGGCAAGCGGCCCAAAUGCAAAAAAUGUUAGAGCAGUCGAGACGAGAACAGCACUUCGAAUUGAUUCAGUCGACCACCGAUUCCACAGUAUUUAGCUGCGUGCAUCGACUACGUAAGACGCUCGACCAGGCUUUAAACAUUGAAGAGCUUCUUGAAAAGGUCCGUAGCAAGCCUGAGAACCGAAUCGAAUUAUGGGAGGAGAUUAAAAUUCGGCUAAUUACCUAUGGAGUUGUAUCGGUCUAUGCAGAAAGCCUGCUUAUCUGCGCUCUCAGGAUCCAACUUGGAAUCAUCGGUGGUCAGGUUUGCACUAACUCCCGUCCGUCGAAGAUGAACAAAAUUGAGGUACAUAAAAAGUACCUUGAAAUGACACAGCACUUUCUUAAUCAAGGUGUACUUGAUCUUGUUCGUGAAGUCAAGACCGUCGUAGUGAAAGCUUUUGAACAUAUUGAACUUAAGCAGACUGUUACACCGGACGAUUUUCUGCUCGCCUACAAUUUCGUCCGACAGAACGUGAAAGUUAUUGAGGAUGCGCCAACCUAUCUUAUUCAUGAGAGCUGGAAACUGACGUGCACAAAUCCCGACUUCCCAGACUUUGAGGUUCUGAACCAGAUGCUUGCUGAGACUAAAGAUAUUUUGCAGUGUUUCGAUUGCCUGGCUUUGUUGGAAAGCCUUGUCGAUCACGGCUUCCGCGAUUUACAGGAGCUGGUUAGGAGGAGCUUCGUGUUUCUCGGCCUCGAGCAGUGUCCCAUGGUGAAGGUGUUACCAGCACUUAAAACACAAACAGAGAAUCGUGGAGAGGUAUUCGUCAGAGACAGACUUAAAAGUGACUCAUCAAUUAAUUUUCUGGCCAAUGUAUAUGAAGCAUUUUGCAAUGAGCCUCCAAAGUAGUUUGAUAUGACGGUGUUCAUUUUUUUCCUCACGGAACUGGUCAGCAUAACUAAUUAUUACUUAACAGCAUUCUAUUAAUCGAAACAAACGAAACAGUUCGAAAAAUAUUACAGCUAUUAACGAGAACCACAGUAUUCCCGAACGUCGUUGGGAUAAUUGCACCUUGAAGAAGCUGUAUAUCUACGAAAUCGCAAAAAAUACAACUUGUUUCUGUAUAUACGACUAUUUGGGUCAAGUGAGAUAUAUCUACAUAUUUUGUGUUGGCUUUUUCCUAUGAGAUGAUAAUGCGGCGUUACCGUUACCCUACUAAUUUACAGUUCUUAUUAAUCUUUUAUUGCUACGGAGAUCCAAGAAGUACGUAAGGGUAGCCUCAAACGAAACAGACGAGCAAAUACAACAGGAGCUGCAGCUAUUUUUUUCUAUUCUAACAGUAAAGUAACAUUUUACUUGUCAUUAUGAGACUUGCACUCUAUCCUAAAAUAUUUCUUGUUAUUGCGGGGCUUUUUCUAGCGUUCUAAAUAGAGCGCUCCUUUGUAGUACUCAGUUAAUUCAUUAUGAGUUAUACCUCAAGGAAAGAAUUUUUUAACGCGUACCGAGUUUCUUUUUAUUUAUGUUAGCAUUACCACCUUUAUAAGGUAUUUGAUAUUUAGCAAUCACAAAUUUUGAACCCGAUUCUAUAAUAUAAUGACUGCCCACCCUAAUGCCGCACCCUUAUCAAGGCCAUUUUUAGUGCUCAAAUUGACCAUUUUGACGAAAAGUUACAAUAAGCAGAAUGGAUUUGUUAAAGAUGACUGCCAAGAUUCUAGUGUUACAGAAGUUUAACAGUGAGUAUCCAUUUUCUAAAUAAGCCGGGCACCGCCGAUACCAGCUGAGAAUUAAAUAGGAUAAAAAACGUGUAAGCGUUUCUGAAGGCCUUAAUCCUAUUCGUAGUCUACCGACCUUUAUCGUGAAGUUACGCAUACUUUCCUUACAUAGUUGCAUAAUUAUACAAAUGAUGUAUCAGUACAAUAAUAUUGGAAAGUUAGAGGUAGCCUAUGUGACGGUUUUACAUUCCAAAAGUUUUACAUUUUAAAGAACAGAGUUUCAUUUGAUUCUGGCCAGAGAUGACUGCAAACGACAAUAUAAUAAAGAAAUAUGUAAGACUAAUAGAACUUACUUCACAUUGUAGCAUACAUUUUUAUAAACUUAAUCGAUAAUAAAUAAACCAUAGGUUGAAC